AUGGCUGUCCACCAUUCGCACGAGAACAAGCAGCUGGCGACGAUGCCUUCGUUCGACGUGUCCUUGCCACUCAACGUGACCACUCAAUACGGCGCUCACGCUCAUCUUGUCUGCCGUGUCCAGGAUGUUGCCAACAAAUCGGUCUCAUGGGUGCGGAAGAGAGACGGCCAUUUGCUGACGGUCGAUACGGACACGUUCAUAGGAGACGGCCGGUUCCAAGUACACCAUCCGGCCAAUUCAGACAUUUGGACGUUGCAUUUGAGAGCCGUUCGCGGAUCCGAUGCUGGCAAAUAUGAAUGCCAAGUAUCCAGCGAACCCAAACUAAGCCUCGUCUAUCAACUGAACAUCGUCGUUCCGCAGGUCGAGAUCAGAGGAGCUCCGGAUAUUUACGUAAUGUCCGGUAGCGGAGUCGCGUUGCAUUGCGUCAUUUCAGGAUUAAUUGAGACCCCACCGUACAUUUUUUGGUACCAUAAAACCGAGAGGAUUGCCGGCUCGGCGCUCGAGGAGUCGCGGACGCAUGAAGGAUCGAAGGAGGUGGCAGCACUAGCGUCGUCUGGCGCUACGAAAUACGGAUGGAGCGCUCGCGUCACCCGCUUGGGACCAGAUUCUCUCCUGGCAGUUUUGAACGUUCCUCCAGCUACGCCCGACUUUGCCGGCAACUAUUCAUGUGGACCUCCAAGCCUCCAACCGGCCAGCGUUGCACUUCACGUUCUAAAUGGAGAGCAGCCAGCAGCCAUGCAACACGGGAAAAACGGUGGAGUAGGUGCCGCCCAAUUGGCCAGUUGGUGGAACACAGCGUUCGUGACUCUGCUCUUUAUGAUGGCCGCCAAAUGGAUGUCCACAGCAGCGAUAGCCAACGAGAAACUAGACAAUGAAGUCGCCGAUGGUAAUUUGAAACCGAACUGUUCGACCGAUUGGACCAUUUUACCAAUCUCGAGAGAUGGAAACGAGGUGCCGCUUUGCUGGACGAAAGACGUGCCGUCACGAUGUCCGAUGAUGACUGUCUCGACACGCAGUUCGUGAUUACUGAGGGGGGGAAAAAGAGCUUGAAACCGGAACCGAGGGGCGCGUGUGGGUCUGUAAAUAUAUGAACAACGGUCGUUGGAAGCCGAUAGGGAAGCGCUUGAGAAAAAAACGAGACCUGUGUGGUACAAUAUUGGGCGUUAUUCGACUAUCUAGGUAUUCUAGACACAUUUUCAUUGCAUAAUUAACUUUACCAGCAAUGAAACUCGAUCCCUUCACCAUCAAUUCGUUUCUAUAUUAUUACCUCUUCUAAAAAAGAAAUGAAAAAAAAAAGUAAUUACGAAAAAAUAAAAUAAAAACAUUUUGAAUGAGUUUGUACAUUUCAUAUAAUGUUUGGCAUUGUCACAUAUAUACGCCCAGGCACCCCCUAUUCAUUACUUGUCACCCUCUUCCUAUUUGUUGUGUAUCAUUAUGUUAUGGACUAUGUUUGUACCAGGCUGAAACCAGAACGGUGACAAGUAUACAUAUUUAAUCAUU